UUGGUAUUGAAAAUUAGUAUCCUUAUUCCUACGCGAGACCAUGAGCUUAGGCUGGGACCGAAUACUACAACCUAACUUCAUUAAGCUUCGUGGACUAAAGAGGACGUCCGGGAGUACCAAAGCACAGGCCAAAUCAUUUGUCGGGCGAAUAACAAACUGAGCUAACCAUUACGACGACUACGACGACUACUACUUUGCUUUGAUCCAUUUGUAUACCGCCCCAGACUACUUUAUCGCGAUAUCGAACGGGAAUAAAUAGAGUUAACACAUCCCUUUUUCACGAAGGAAGGAAGGGGCAGCAUAGACCAAUGGCCGACGAAACCGGCCAAUCAGACGGUCAGGCGUCAGAAAUAGACCGGGAGCGGGACGACGGGAAGAUGACGCCUACCUCCCCCCCUCCACCACCUAUUCCCUCGACAGACCCGAAACUAGUAUGGCAAGCUCGGACACCGCCUCCGUUGCAUACCGCCCCGAGUCCGUCCUCGCACGACCUCUUCAAACUCUCACCCAUCGCCGCUCUUAAGCUCCUUUGCGCCGGUGUCGAAUCGCUCGUUCGCAUGACAGGCGAUAUACCUCCAACACCCCCGCCCACGAGCCCUACGCUCCCCAAUAUGCGCAGUAUGCAACGAGAGAAGGCGGAAAUUGUUCGGUCUUACUCAGAAAAAAGUUUGGCGCGACUCCGAGAACAGAGUGAGGCUAAGGAUCGGGCCCAAGUCCAAUCCCAAUCCCAAUCCCAGACUCAGGCCAGUCCCAGUCAGCUUAUCGAUGGUGUCCACCUUCGCCAACCAUCAGCCCCUUCGCCACCGAAAAACAGUCCCGAGCCCUACAUAGUCAUCGGCGCCAACUCGCAACCCCUUAACCUGCAGCAUAGUGCUAUUACGCGGAAGUUUUUUAGCAAAAAACCUCCACCAAUUAGUAUUGAGGAUUAUCUCCUGCGAAUACAUCGGUUCUGCCCGAUGUCUACAGCUGUAUACCUGGCUACGUCGUUCUACAUAUUCCGGCUGGCUGUCGAGGAGCGAGCAAUAGCCGUCACGAAGAGAAACUGUCACCGCCUGCUCUUAGCUGGCUUGCGAGUAGCAAUGAAGGCACUGGAAGAUCUGAGUUAUCCGCACGCUAAGAUCGCCAAGGUUGGUGGGGUGAGCGAAGUUGAACUGGCAAGAUUAGAAAUCAGCUUCUGCUUCUUGACUGGGUUCGAACUGGUCAUCAGGGAGGAAACGCUCCGGGCUCACUGGGAGGCAUUGAAGCAAAACAACGGUUUAGUCGGCAAGUCGGGCGUCGCAAUGGGUGAUGCGAUACCGAAGUUAAACCUCAACCUACCACCGAAGAGGAAUAUCAAAAUUUCACUUGACUGAUUUUCCUCGAACACUUAGUAGCUUUGCUAUAUCCAUAUCAAUAAUCAUACAGGGGGCUAGCGUAACUGGGAAGUCACAGCUGUACAUGUCGAUUAAGGAUACUAGGCCCCCGCGAUUCAACCCCGAGCUAUAGGCUAAUUGUCUACAUUGAGAUCUAGAUCUAGACGCUAGAUGUAGGAGAAGUAAGAAAGUUAACGAAGGGACACUACACGGGCUUUGGGGGCUUAGAUGGCCAGAUAUGCGUUGUUUUCAUAAGCAUAAAGACAUGUCGAAAGCAUUCAGGAACGGAUUCAUACCUACGUAAUGCAAUACCCAAAACUCAGUCUGUGAAUUAUAUUCACAUACCUAGUACUUAGCCCCGCAGCUACGGAUAAAGCCGUCCAACCUAACAAACUAAAUAGGAAGGCCAAUAGCUUGUUUUCUGUAAUAUGAUUGGCUGAUUAUCAUUCAUUCUGGCCGUUGUCCGGCCGUCACGUCACCUUCCACCUUGGUAUCUACCUAGGUACACUAUCUACAUAUGUAGGGUAUCUACUAUCU